CCACCUACCUCCCCGCCGCUCCAGAGGGGGCUCUCAGAGCUGGGGACGCGCGCCGCGCUGCUCAAGGGCUCGCUCUCUCCGCACCGUCGCCGGCCGGCAUCUGACGCGGGUGCCAGGGGGCUCCGGGCACCUCUCAGUGUCCCUUCCCUCGGCCAGCCAGGACUCCGCAACCCAGCAGUUGCCGCUGCGGCCGCCGCCCGAGAGUACCGGCGGACAGGACGCCGGCAGGAGGAGGAGUGCGCAGCGCCCGCGCAGAGCGUCUCCCUCGCGGCGCGGCGAGCCUCGGGCCUCCGGGCCCCGGGAGCCCCCAGCUGCCUCGCCAGGUGUGUGGGACCGAAGUUCUCGGAGAAGGGAGUCCAACUCUUCAAGGUCAACUAUGACCACUUUACUCUGGGUUUUUGUGACUCUGAGGGUCAUCACUGCAGCUGUCUCAGUGGAAGUUUCAGACCAUGACAACUCGCUGAGUGUGAGCAUCCCCCAACCGUCCCCGACGAGGGUCCUCCUCGGGACCUCCCUCACCAUCCCCUGCUAUUUCAUCGACCCCAUGCACCCUGUGACCACCGCCCCCUCCACCGCCCCCCUCGCCCCAAGAAUCAAGUGGAGCCGUGUUUCCAAGGAGAAGGAGGUAGUGCUGCUGGUGGCCACUGAAGGGCGCGUGCGGGUCAACAGUGCCUACCAGGAUAAGGUUUCGCUGCCCAACUACCCUGCCAUCCCCAGCGACGCCACCUUGGAAAUCCAGAGCCUGCGCUCCAAUGACUCAGGGGUCUACCGCUGCGAGGUGAUGCACGGCAUCGAGGACAGUGAGGCUACCAUGGAGGUCGUGGUGAAAGGUGUCGUGUUCCAUUACAGAGCCAUCUCCACACGCUACACCCUUGACUUCGACAGGGCGCAGAGGGCCUGCCUGCAGAACAGUGCCAUCAUCGCCACGCCCGAGCAGCUGCAGGCUGCCUACGAAGAUGGCUUCCACCAGUGCGACGCCGGCUGGCUGGCUGAUCAGACUGUCAGAUAUCCCAUCCACACUCCCCGGGAAGGCUGCUAUGGAGACAAGGAUGAGUUUCCUGGCGUGAGGACAUACGGCAUCCGAGACACCAACGAGACCUAUGAUGUGUACUGCUUCGCCGAGGAGAUGGAGGGUGAAGUCUUUUAUGCAACCUCUCCAGAGAAGUUCACCUUCCAGGAGGCAGCCAAUGAGUGCCGGCGGCUGGGUGCCCGGCUGGCCACCACGGGCCAGCUCUACCUGGCCUGGCAGAGCGGCAUGGACAUGUGCAGCGCUGGCUGGCUGGCCGACCGCAGUGUGCGCUACCCCAUCUCCAAGGCCCGGCCCAAUUGCGGGGGCAACCUCCUGGGCGUGAGGACCGUCUACCUGCAUGCCAACCAGACGGGCUACCCUGACCCCUCAUCCCGCUAUGACGCCAUCUGCUACACAGGUGAAGACUUCGUGGACAUCCCAGAAAACUUCUUUGGAGUAGGGGGUGAGGAGGACAUCACCAUCCAGACGGUGACCUGGCCUGACGUGGAGCUGCCACUGCCUCAAAACAUUACCGAGGGUGAAGCCCGAGGCAGCGUGAUCCUUACUGCAAAGCCCGUCUUCGAGGUCUCCCCCAGUCCUCCGGAGCCCGAGGAGCCCUUCACGUUUGCCCCUGAAAUAGGGGCCACUGCCUUUCCUGCGAUUGAGAAUGAGACUGCAGAGGCCAGCAGGCCCUGGGCCUUUCCCACGCCUGGCCUGGGCCCUGCCACGGCCUUCACCAGUGAGGAUCUCGUCGUGCAGGUGACCGCUGUCCCAGGUGCAGCCGAGGUCCCUGGGCAGCCGCAUUUGCCAGGGGGAGUCGUGUUCCACUACCGCCCAGGACCCACCCGAUACUCGCUGACCUUCGAGGAGGCACAGCAGGCCUGCCUGCGCACCGGGGCGGUCAUUGCCUCGCCAGAGCAGCUCCAGGCCGCCUACGAAGCUGGCUAUGAGCAGUGUGAUGCUGGCUGGCUACAGGACCAGACCGUCAGAUACCCCAUUGUGAGCCCACGGACCCCAUGCGUGGGUGACAAGAACAGCAGCCCAGGAGUCAGGACCUAUGGUGUGCGCCCAUCAACAGAGACCUACGAUGUCUACUGCUAUGUGGACAGACUUGAGGGGGAGGUGUUCUUCGCCACACGCCUUGAGCAGUUCACCUUCCAGGAAGCACUGGAGUUCUGUGAAUCUCACAAUGCCACGCUGGCCACCACGGGCCAGCUCUACGCCGCCUGGAGCCUCGGCCUGGACAAGUGCUAUGCCGGCUGGCUGGCCGACGGCAGCCUCCGCUACCCCAUCGUCACCCCAAGGCCUGCCUGCGGUGGGGACAAGCCAGGCGUGAGAACCGUCUACCUCUACCCUAACCAGACGGGGCUCCCAGACCCGCUGUCCCGGCACCAUGCCUUUUGCUUCCGAGGCGUUUCAGCAGCUCCUUCUCCAGGAGAAGAAGAGGGUGGCACACCCACAUCACCCUCUGGUGUGGAGGACUGGAUCGCGACCCAAGUGGUACCUGGUGUGGCUGCUGUCCCCGUAGGGGAGGAGACAACUGCUGUACCCUUAGGCGAGACUACUGCAGUCCCAGAGUUCACCACUGAGCCAGAAAACCAGACAGAAUGGGAACCCACCUACACCCCAAUGGGCAUAUCCCCGCUGCCAGGGAUCCUUCCGACUUGGCCUCCCACUGGUGCAGCAACAGAGGAAAGCACAGAAGGCCCUUCUGCAACUAAAGUGCCCUCAGCCUCAGAGGAACCAUCCCCCUCAGAGGAGCCAUUCCCCUCGGUGGAACCAUUCCCCUCACCAUCCCCCUCAGUGGAACCAUUCCCCUCCCAGGAGCCAUCCCCCUCAGAGGAGCCAUCAGCCUCAGAAGAGCCAUAUACACCUUCACCCCCCAUGCCCAGCUGGACUGAGCUGCCAGGCUCUGGGGAAGAAUCUGGGGCCCCUGAAGUCAGUGGUGACUUCACAGGCAGUGGAGAUGCUUCAGGACACCUUGACUUCAGUGGGCAGCUGUCAGGGGACAGGGCAAGUGGGCUGCCCUCUGGAGACCUUGACUCCAGUGGUCUUACUUCCACAGUGGGCUCAGGCCUGCCUGUGGAAAGUGGACUGGCCUCAGGGGAUGGAGAGAGAAUUGAAUGGUCCAGCACACCUAUAGUUGGUGAACUGCCCUCUGGAGGUGAGAUCCUAGAGGGCUCUGCCUCUGGAGUUGGGGACCUCAGUGGACUUCCUUCUGGAGAAGUUGUAGAGACUUCUGCCUCUGGAGUAGGAGAUCUCAGUGGAUUUCCUUCUGGAGAAGUUCUAGAGACUUCUGCCUCCGGAGUAGGAGACCUUAGUGGACUUCCUUCUGGAGAAGUUCUAGAAACUUCUGCCUCUGGAGUAGAAGAUCUCAGUAGACUUCCUUCUGGAGAAGUUCUAGAGACUUCUGCCUCUGGAGUAGAAGACCUCAGCAGACUUCCUUCUGGAAUAGAAGGUCUAGAGAUUUCUGCCUCUGGAGUAGGGGACCUUAGUGGACUUUCUUCUGCAGGAGAAGUUCUAGAGACUACUGCCUCUGGAGUAGGGGACCUCGGUGGGCUUCCUUCUGGAGAAGUUCUAGAGACUUCUACCUCUGGAGUAGGAGACCUCAGUGGACUUCCUUCUGGAGAGAUUCUAGAGACUUCUACCUCUGGAGUAGGGGACCUCAGUGGACUUCCUUCUGGAGGAGAAGUUCUAGAGACUUCUGCCUCUGGCGUAGAGGACAUCAGUGGGCUUCCUUCUGGAGAAGCUAUAGAGACUUCUGUCUCUGGAGUAGAGGAUGUCAGUGAACUUCCUUCAGGAGAAGGUCUAGAGACCUCUGCUUCUGGGGUAGAGGACCUCAGCAGGCUCCCUUCUGGAGAAGUUCUAGAGACUUCUGCCUCUGGAGUCGGGGACCUCAGUGGACUUCCUUCUGGAGGAGAAGUUCCAGAGACUUCUGCCUCUGGAGUUGGGGACCUCAGUGGACUUCCUUCUGGAGGAGAAGAUCUAGAGACCUCUGCUUCUGGAGCAGGGACUGACCUCAGUAGACUUCCUUCUGGAAGGGAGGGUCUAGAGACUUCAGCUUCUGGAGCUGAGGACCUCAGUGGAUUGCUUUCUGGAAAAGAAGACUUGGUGGGUUCAGCUUCUGGAGACUUGGACUUGGGUAAACUGCCUUCUGGAACUCUAGGAAGUGGGCAAGCUCCAGAAACAAGUGGCCUUCCCUCUGGAUUUAGUGGCGAGUAUUCUGGGGUGGACCUUGGAAGUGGCCCAUCCUCUGGCCUGCCUGACUUUAGUGGACUUCCAUCUGGAUUCCCAACUGUCUCCCUAGUGGAUUCUACAUUGGUAGAAGUGGUCACAGCCUCCACUGAGAGUGAACAGGAAGGGAGGGGAACCAUUGGCAUCAGUGGUGCAGGAGAAGUGUCUGGGCUGCCUUUCAGUGAGCUGGACAUUAGUGGGGGAGCUAGUGGACUCCCUUCAGGAACUGAACUCAGUGGCCAAGCAUCUGGGUCUCCUGACAUCAGUGGGGAAACAUCUGGACUCUUUGGUGUCAGUGGACAGCCCUCAGGGUUUCCUGACAUCAGUGGGGAAACAUCUGGGGUUUUUGAGGUUAGUGGGCAGCCAUCAGGGUUUCCUGACACCAGUGGGGAAACAUCUGGGGUGACUGAGCUUAGCGAGGUAUCCUCUGGACAACCAGGUGUUAGUGGAGAAGCAUCUGGAGUUCUUUAUGGCACUAGUCAACCAUUUGGCAUAACCGACCUGAGUGGAGAAACAUCCGGGGUCCCUGAUCUCAGUGGGCAGCCUUCAGGGUUGCCAGAGCUCAGUGGGGCAACAUCAGGAAUCCCUGGACUGGUUUCUGGUGCCACGAGUGGCAGUGGUGAAUCUUCUGGCAUUACAUUUGUGGACACCAGUUUGGUCGAAGUGACCCCUACAACAUUUAAAGAAGAAGAAGGCUUGGGGUCUGUGGAGCUCAGUGGCCUCCCUUCGGGGGAGGAAGAUCUGUCAGGCAAAUCUGGGAUAGCAGAUGUCAGUGGACAGUUUUCUGGAACAGUCGAUUCCAGUGGGUUUACAUCCCAGACUCCAGAAUUCAGUGGCCUACCAAGUGGCAUAGCUGAGGUCAGUGGAGAACCCUCCGGAGCUGAGAGUGGGAGCACCCUGCCCUCGGGAGCGUAUUCUGGCAGUGGACUUCCGUCUGGUUUCCCCACUGUUUCUCUUGUAGACAGAACUUUGGUGGAAUCUGUAACCCAGGCUCCAACAGCCCAAGAAGCAGGAGAAGGGCCUUCUGGCAUUAUAGAACUCAGUGGUGCCCAUUCUGGAGCACCAGACCUGUCUGGGGACCAUUCUGGGUUUCUGGACCUAAGUGGGCUGCAGUCUGGGCUGGUAGAGCCCAGUGGAGAGCCACCAAGUACUCCGUAUUUUAGUGGGGAUUUUGCCAGCACCACUGAUGUAAGUGGAGAAACCUCUGUAGCCGUGAGCACCAGUGGAGAGGCGUCGGGACUUCCAGAAGUUACUUUAAUCACUUCUGAGUUCAUGGAGGGUGUUACUGAACCAACAGUUUCUCAGGAACUUGGCCAGGGGCCCCCUGUGACACAUACACCCCAGCUUUUUGAGUCCAGUGGAGAAGCCUCUGCAGCUGGGGACAUUAGUGGAGUUACCCCAGUGCUCUCUGGGUCUGGAGUAGAAGUGUCAUCUGUCCCAGAAUCUAGCGGUGAGACGUCCGCCUAUCCUGAGGCUGGGGUCGAGGUAUCUACUGCCCGUGAGGCCAGUGGAGAAGCUUCUGGGUCCCCUGAUCUGAGUGAAACCACCUCUGCAUUCCACGAAGCUGACCUCGAGAGAUCCUCUGGCCUAGGAGUGAGCGGCAGCACUUUGACUUUUCAAGAAGGUGAGGGGUCAGCUGCUCCGGAAGUGAGUGGUGAAUCCACCACCACUGAUGACGUGGGGAUGGAGGCAUCAGUCUUGCCUUCAGCCACUGCCAUGGCUUCUGGAGACAGGACUGAAAUCAGCGGAGAUCUGUCUGGUCACACCACGGGGCUGGGUGUUGUCAUGAGCACCAGCCUACCGGAGUCUGAGUGGACCCAGCAGACCCAGCGCCCUGCAGAGGCACAUCUAGAAAUUGAGUCCUCAAGCGUCCUAUACUCAGGAGAAGAGACUCAAACAGCCGAAACAGCCGCCUUCCCAACAGAUGCUUCCAUCCCAUCUUCUCCAGAAUGGACAAGUGAAUCAGAGUCAACAGUUGCAGACAUUGAUGAGUGCCUCCCAAGCCCUUGUCUGAAUGGAGCCACCUGCCUGGAUGCCAUCGACUCUUUCACAUGCUUAUGCCUUCCCAGCUACGGAGGGGACCUGUGUGAGAUCGACCAGGAGGUAUGUGAGGAGGGCUGGACCAAGUACCAGAGCCACUGUUACCGCCACUUCCCGGACCGCGAGACCUGGGUGGAUGCGGAGCGCCGGUGUCGGGAGCAGCAGUCACACCUGAGCAGCAUCAUCACCCCCGAGGAGCAGGACUUCGUCAACAACAAUGCUCAAGACUACCAGUGGAUCGGCCUGAACGACAGGACCAUCGAAGGGGACUUCCGCUGGUCAGACGGACACCCCAUGCAAUUUGAGAAUUGGCGCCCCAACCAGCCUGACAAUUUCUUUGCCGCCGGAGAGGACUGCGUGGUGAUGGUCUGGCACGAGAAGGGCGAGUGGAAUGAUGUUCCCUGCAAUUACCACCUGCCCUUCACGUGUAAAAAGGGCACAGUGGCCUGCGGAGAACCCCCUGCAGUGGAGCAUGCCAGGACCUUUGGGCAGAAGAAGGACCGGUAUGAGAUCAAUUCCCUGGUGCGGUACCAGUGCACGGAGGGGUUUGUUCAGCGCCACGUGCCCACUAUCCGGUGCCAGCCCAGCGGGCACUGGGAGGAGCCUCGGAUCACCUGCACAGACCCCACCACCUACAAACGCAGACUACAGAAGCGAAGCUCACGGCACCCUCGGAGGAGCCACUCCAGCACGGCCCACUGAGAGGAGCUUCCAGGACCCACCCAGGACGCUGAGCCCAGGAGCCUGCCAGGCUGACGCGGACCCACCCAGAUGGUGCCCUCUUCUUGUCGCUUUUUGUCAUAUAAGGAAUCCCAUUAAAGAAGGAAAAAAUAAAUCCCACGUUGUGUAUACACCCACUCACCCCUCCAAAUCACCAAAACCGCAUCUAAUUUGUCCGCCGAAUGCCAAAGCAAAGCAAACUUAUCAUAACUCGUGGACUAAGUUUAGAGACAUUUCUUCAAUCUCCCAUCGUGCCUUUCGAGGAACCAGUGCAGGGACAGGGGGAGAAGGGGAGGGUUUAAGUUAAAUAAAGAAGAUUAUUUUUGUUUCCUGACUUUA